AUGGUAGAAGGAGAGAUUAUUGUGAGUAACAGGAAGAGAGUGGAUCUGGUCCUCGAGUUGCAGCGGAAGGGUUUCACACCAUUCCCUAAAACCAAAGGCAUUAAUACCAGCGAGGCAAUGGAAACAGAAGAAAAUGAAGAGACGCCGGAGGUGGGAAGAGUUGCAAGAGCAAGUGAUUAUGAGUAUCUACUGUCGAUGCCAAUUGGAACCUUAACGUUGGAAAAGGUUCAAGAGUUGUUGGCCGAAAAGGGAAAGCAAGAAAUGGAGGUGGAGGAAUUGAAGAAGGAAACUCCAAAGUCUCUGUGGAUGAAAGAUCUUGAUGCUUUCAUUACGACACUCGGUGAGCAUGAGAACGAAGAAGCCCAGGUGGAGGAGGUGACAGGACAGAUGGAGGGUAGGGCAGGCAAGCCUCUCGCUAAGGCUUCUAAACAAGUUGGAAAGAACCCAAGAAAGAACAACACCAAGAAAGCUAAUGACGCAGAUACCGUUGUUGAAUCUGUAUCAUUAGUUAGUACUACAGCUGAAACUGGACAUGUUUUCGAGGGGGUAAAAUCCAAAGGCAGGGGAGCUUUGAAGAAGGCUCCUACUAGAAAGGUGUGCUUGCAAAUCCUGAAACUUCUUAUUUCCCAAGUAUCUCCCUAUUUUUGUGGACUUCUCAUUGCCUUUUUUGUUUGGAUCUUUCAACAAAAAAUGCCGACUGCCGUUGAUAGUGAAGUGGAAGAUGAUGAGGUGCUCGAGCCGAAAGAACGUACGACUGGCAGUGUAUAA